AUGUUUUAUUUCCCAAAUGUGCUUCAGAGACACACCGGCUGCUUCUCCACAGUAUGGUUGGCCGCCACUAAAGGCACUAGGAUUGUCAAGCGGGAAUACCUGAAAGUAAAUGUCAUGAACACAUGCCGGAAGAUUAUGCAGUACAUUUUGCAGCAGGUCCCUCCACCAUACCAUGGCUGUCCCAUCCCGCGGCUGUCACUGUAUCUGUCAGCACAGCUCAGCUAUGGAGUGGUUUGUGUCUACCACCGCCAAUGUGACCUACUUAUAGAGGAAAUGAAGGUUACCCUGGAACGCUUGUAUAAAUCUGAGAAUCAGCUGAAAAUCGAUUUGCUGCAACCGGAUCAGUACUUGCUGCUCCCUGACAGUCUGAUACUCAUGCAGAUGCUGGAAGAUGCUCCUGAUCCUUUUUUUGGAAUGAUGGAGGUUCCCCCAGAACUACCAAAUCCAUAUAUGAUCCCGCAGAUCCGCGCACUUUUAGAGACUUCAGGCCCUGAACUUGUCAGAUAUGAAAAAAGCCCUCCAAGACGUCGCAGAACAAGUCGCAGAGAAGCAGAGAGUGAUCACCUGGCAUCUCCAGAAGCUAUAACUAUGCGAGAAGAGGAGCCUAUCCUAUUGCCACCAGUAGAGAUUGGCCAAGACCUCCCAGAACUGAGUGCCUUUGAUUUGGAGUUACUUGCUUCUGAUUUGCCUGCAUUUCCUGAAGCUGAAACGUUACCAGAGCCUGGAAAGAGAGGCGUACGAGAACCAAAAGAGAAUGGUUUGCCAGAAAAAGAAAAACCCAAAAAGCCCCAGAAGGAGAGAGAAGUCAAGAAAGCUGAUGAACGUGAAAGAGAGCUAGACAUGGAUGAAAUUGAGAGAAAAAGAAAAGAGCUUCAGGAAAUGGAAAGAGACGUAGCAAAAGAGCUUCUGCUGGAGCAGCUAAAAGAAAUAGAGCGCCUGAAAGAGUUAGAGAAAGAGAGAGAACGCCAGUGGGAAGCAGAAAAAUUACUGCAGCUUCAACAAGAAAAAGAGAGGGAACGCAAGCGCUUAAAGGAAUGCGAAAGAGACAUUGAUCAAAUACGAAAGGCUGAACGGGAAAUUGAAGCGCUGAAGAAGUCUUUGGUGGAGAUAGAAGAAGAGAGGAGAAGGACGGAGGGAGAGCAAGUAGAUGACAGACGUAGAAGUGUAACAGAAGCUAGACGUUCCCCUACUCCAGGUCUCCCCGAAGAAAUGGUUUCAGAACUUGAUGCUGCAAUGCAGAUGGAAGACGUAGCAGCAGAACCAAUUGCUCUGCCUUCUGGAGGUAUAUCAUCCUGGGAUGGCCAAUUAAGAUGGCUGAAGAUGCUGAACCUGGAAGAAAAUUGGGUGAAAAUUGUCAGCAUUGACGAGGGAGCUCGAGGAUACCAGAGCACCGGAGGCAGAGUACCCUAUACUUAUGCCAAUGCUGAAUCUAAGCUGACUUUCUUUCUAGAGGGGGCUCCAGAAAUGCCGUCACCCCAACAAGUGUCUCCUCAGCUUCGUUCUCCACAGCUGGUAGUGCCUGAGCUGGCUGACCGACCUAUCAGGCGACCUGGGAGAAGGAGCCGACUAAAAAUUGACAAAGAUACACAGAUUCAAAGCAAGAUAAUGCAAAAGCAGACAAGUAACCCCAAUGUAUUCACCCAGCCAAUGGGCCCCAUAACACUUCCUCACUUGACGCUUAGAACCGCGGCUUCUCUCUUUGAAUCUCCAACCUAUGAGCAAUUCAUGUGCCCAGAGCUGACCGCACUGUGGACUAGAUGUGCUUUGUUAGAGCCACUGCAAUAUAUCCGGGAGAGGGAGGAAGAGACCAUGAGUGAGCUGGAGAUGGUACGUGCAGCCACUGACUUUGGAGUCAGCAUCAUGCAGUCCUCAGAAUUGUCUCUUGAGGUGUCUGAAGAGGAACGCUUUAAAACCAUAAUAUUUACUCCUGAAGAAGGAAGGGCACUGUCAGUGCAGGAAGAUACAUUACUACCCAUAGUCUCAGAGAUGCCAGAACCUAUUGUGGAGAUGCCUGAAACUGAAGAUAUUUUACUGGAAGAUGUACAAAGGAAGCUUUACUCUCAGAUUGAUGGAGAUGGGCGUGCAGAGUUUCUUGGCCUCACACCCCAGUCUUAUCCUCGUAUGUUGGUCUCCAGAUUCUUUUACAAUUGUCUUGUGCUCUGCACACAGAAGGUUAUCCGUAUGGAGCAGACCAAGCCGUAUGGACGUAUACUCAUCACAUCUGGAAGACACUAUAAGCAAGACUGA